GAUAUAGAGCAUGGGAUCAAAAGUUUGAUCCAACCAUGACCAAAACCAAAAGCUUCAAUCUUCUAAAUGGGGAGAAUGUAGAAGUUCCAUUCAUGACCUCCAAGAGAGGUGAAAAAUAUUAUUACAAUUCCUUUGAGAAUUAUAAAGUACUCAGCAUACCUUACCAAAGUGGCAGCAGCCCUUUGAAGUUUAGCAUGUAUUUCUUUCUUCCACAUGAGAAAGACGGCUUACCAAAUCUGAUUCACACUUUAAACUCAAACCCCAGCUUUUUAAAUCAAAAAUUUAUACUGUGGAGAGAGAAUAUGCCUGAAUUUUGGAUCCCAAGAUUUAAAUUUUCCUUCAACUUGGAUGCCACAGAGGGCAUGAAAGAAUUGGGUCUAACUUUACCUUUCACUCCUGGGGAGCUAACAGAAGUGUCAGAUUCUUCUUCUAGCCACAAGCUUUAUGUUUCAAAUAUUUUGCACAAGGCAUUUGUUGAAGUCAAUGAAGAAGGAACCGAAGCUGCAACUAGCACAGCAGCUACUUUUGGAGCACGUUGUGCCAGGAGGCCCAAACCAAGUUUUGUGGCUGACCACCCCUUUGUGUUCAUGAUAAGGGAAGAGACUUCCAUGGCUGUAUUCUUCAUCGGAGCAGUGCUUAAUCCGCUCUUGGAUUCUUAAGUGAUACUUACAAUGAGAAAUAUUAAUAGUGGUACUUGAAUGGUUUAAAUCUUAUUUAUUCAGAUCAUGUGUCUUGACCUGGGUUCAUCGUUUUUGGUAUUUCCUGUGUAUUUUCUUUUGUAAUAAAUGUUAUAUGGUCCUACACUGAAUUAGCUAGGUAACAAGCUCCUAUGUUUAAGAUUAGAGAAAGUAUUUCUAUCCUAUGUAUGGCCAACUUGCAUGGCUCCUCAAGUAAUGGGAUACU